AUGCUGGACGACAGAGCCAGGAUGGAGGCCACCAAGAAGGAAAAGGCAGAGCAGAUCCUGGCGGACUUCCAGCUGCAGGAGGCCGACUUGAAGAAGGUGAUGUGGCGGAUGCAGAAGGAGAUGGCGCGAGGCCUGCGGCUGGAGACCCACGAGGAGGCCAGCGUGAAGAUGCUGCCCACCUACGUGCGCUCCACCCCGGAAGGCUCUGAAGUUGGGGACUUCCUCUCCCUGGACCUGGGCGGCACCAACUUCAGGGUGAUGCUGGUGAAGGUGGGGGAGGGCGAAGAGGGGCAGUGGAGCGUGAAGACCAAGCACCAGAUGUAUUCCAUCCCCGAGGACGCCAUGACGGGUACUGCUGAGAUGCUCUUUGACUACAUCUCUGAGUGCAUCUCCGACUUCCUGGACAAGCACCAGAUGAAGCACAAGAAGCUGCCCUUGGGCUUCACCUUCUCCUUCCCCGUGAGGCACGAGGACAUCGACAAGGGCAUCCUCCUCAAUUGGACCAAGGGCUUCAAGGCCUCAGGAGCAGAAGGGAACAACAUCGUGGGGCUCCUACGUGAUGCCAUCAAACGGAGAGGGGACUUUGAAAUGGACGUGGUGGCGAUGGUGAAUGACACUGUGGCCACGAUGAUCUCCUGCUACUAUGAAGACCGCCGGUGUGAGGUUGGCAUGAUUGUGGGAACAGGCUGCAAUGCCUGCUACAUGGAGGAGAUGCACAACGUGGAGCUGGUGGAAGGGGACGAGGGCCGCAUGUGCGUCAACACCGAGUGGGGCGCCUUCGGGGACUCCGGAGAGCUGGACGAGUUCCUGCUGGAGUACGACCGCGUGGUGGACGAGAACUCCCUGAACCCCGGGCAGCAGCUAUACGAGAAGCUCAUCGGCGGCAAGUACAUGGGCGAGCUGGUGCGGCUCGUGCUGCUGAAGCUCGUGGACGAGAACCUGCUCUUCCGCGGGGAGGCCUCGGAGCAGCUGCGCACGCGCGGCGCCUUCGAGACGCGCUUCGUGUCGCAGGUGGAGAGCGACUCGGGCGACCGCAAGCAGAUCUACAACAUCCUGAGCACUCUGGGGCUGAGGCCCUCAGCCACCGACUGCGACAUCGUGCGCCGCGCCUGCGAGAGCGUGUCCACACGCGCCGCGCACAUGUGCGCCGCGGGGCUGGCGGGCGUCAUCAACCGCAUGCGCGAGAGCCGCAGCGAGGACGUGAUGCGCAUCACCGUGGGCGUGGACGGCUCUGUGUACAAACUGCACCCCAGCUUCAAGGAGAGGUUCCACGCCAUCGUGCGCAGGCUGACGCCCAGCUGCGAGAUCACCUUCAUCGAGUCGGAGGAAGGCAGCGGCCGAGGCGCCGCCCUGGUGUCCGCGGUGGCCUGUAAGAAGGCCUGCAUGCUGGGCCAGUGA